UUCAGCUUUCUGUCUUGUUUCCCAAUCCAUCAAUAUCACUAUAUAUAAACCCAAAACCCUCCAAUUCAAUUCAUUACUCUCUUCUCUCACCUAAAUCUUAACCUAACCCUCUCGAUUCUUUUCCAAAAAAUCCUCUUCUUCCUCGAUCAUGUCGCACUUUAAGAGCAAGUACCACGAUGAGCUUAUUGCCAAUGCUGCCUACAUCGGCACACCUGGUAAGGGUAUUCUUGCUGCUGAUGAGUCAACUGGAACAAUCGGUAAGCGUCUAUCGAGCAUCAAUGUUGAGAAUGUUGAAUCUAACAGACAGGCUCUUAGGGAGCUUCUUUUCACUGCCCCUGGUGUUCUUCAGUACCUUAGUGGAGUUAUCCUCUUUGAGGAAACCCUUUACCAAAGCACUGCUGCAGGCAAACCUUUUGUUGAUGUCUUGAACGAAGCUGGUGUUCUUCCUGGUAUCAAGGUUGACAAGGGUACCGUUGAACUUGCUGGAACUGAUGGAGAAACCACCACUCAGGGUCUUGACGGUCUUGGCGCACGAUGUGCCAAGUACUACGAAGCCGGUGCACGUUUUGCUAAAUGGCGUGCCGUGCUUAAAAUCGGCGCCAACGAACCAUCUGAGCAUUCUAUCCAUGAGAAUGCUUACGGAUUGGCCCGUUAUGCCGUCAUCUGCCAAGAAAACGGACUUGUACCCAUUGUUGAACCCGAGAUCCUAGUUGACGGUUCACACGAUAUUCUCAAGUGUGCCGCCAUCACCGAGCGUGUCCUUGCCGCAACUUACAAGGCCUUGAGUGAUCAUCAUGUCAUCCUUGAAGGAACUCUCUUGAAGCCAAACAUGGUGACUCCCGGAUCCAACUCACCAAAGGUUGCACCCGAGGUUAUCGCUGAGCACACCGUUAAAGCUUUGCAGAGAACCGUCCCCGCCGCAGUUCCCGCCGUCGUUUUCUUGUCUGGUGGACAGAGCGAGGAAGAGGCCAGUGUUAACCUCAAUGCCAUCAACCAAUUCAAAGGUAAGAAGCCAUGGACUCUUUCUUUCUCAUUCGGAAGGGCACUUCAACAGAGUACCCUAAAGGCAUGGGGUGGAAAGAAAGAAAAUGUGAAGGCAGCUCAAGAUGCUUUGUUGACAAGAGCUAAGGCCAACUCCGAGGCUACUCUUGGAACUUACAAGGGCGCCUCUAACCUUGGUGCUGGUGCCACGGAGAGUCUUCAUGUUGCGGACUACAAGUAUUGAUCAAAGUUGGUUUCUUCUCCCUAAAGACUAGAAGAGGGUUGAAUUUUCUUGUUCUUGAGUAUAGUGGGGUUAACUCACGACAAAAUAAUUGGUUGGAGUUUUUGUUUUUUCUUUGUACCUUUUGAUAAUUUCUGUUUCUAUCUAUUUUGUCAAGUAUCUGGCGGAUAUGUCAUGAAAAGUUUGGUUUUAUGAGACACUAUUAUAAAGUGAAGAUCUUUGUUUUCUUUGCAAUAA